AUGGCGGCGACCGAGGUUUAUUUGUGCACAGAGCCUAUUUACGAAUUUCCAAUGGUACAUCAGCGUUAUGAUCCUGAUGUUCAGAGUCCUGGCGGGUUCUUGGGCAACAAUGUCAUCAUUAGGUGCAGUGUGCCCAGUUUCGUGAAAGACCAUGUGACUGUCAGCUCCUGGCUGCAAGAGCCUUCAUUCAACAUCUACCCUUCCACCAUCAGCGAUGGCAAGUACCACAUGCUGCCGUCGGGGGAGCUCAUGAUCUUAAACAUCACCCGCGCAGACGCGCAACGCAACUACCGCUGCCGCACCCUGCACCAGCUCACGCAGGAGGUGGCGAUCAGCGACAACGUUGGCCGCGUGCAGCUCACCAACAUUCGAGGCACAGUGCCACCCAUUCUGAACGAGAAACUUGUGUCAGUUACUGCGCGAUUGGAUGACACAGUGGUGGUGCCUUGUGUUGCUUACGCCAAUCCAAGACCUCACUACAGGUAG